AUGGUGCCCCUGCUGCUGCUGCCCCUGCUUUGGGGGAAGUCCCUGCAGAAGAAGGAAGGCUAUGAGCUCCAAGUGCAGGAAUCCGUGAGGGUGCAGGAGGGUUUGUGUGUCCAUGUGCCCUGCUCCUUUUCCUACCAGUGGAGUUCGUGGCUUUCCUUUAAUGAACUCUACACCUCUUGGUACCAGAGUGAGAACCACAAAGACUACACUGAUCCUGUGGCUAAAAACAACCAAUAUAAACAAGUGAAGAAACAGACUGAGGGCCGAUUCCUCCUCACAUACUCCAGGACCAACGACUGUUCCCUGAGCAUCAGAGAUGCCAGGAAGAGUGACACAGAAAGCUUCGUCUUCCAAGUGGAGACUGGAUAUUAUGAGGAAUGUACUUACCAAGAUAAGAAGCUGACUGUGCAAGUGAAAGACCUGACACAGAAAUCUGACAUCCACAUUCAGGGGCCUCUGGAGUCUGGCUGCCCCACACAGCUGAGCUGCAGCCUGCCAGGGUCCUGCAAAGGGGCAUGUCCUCUCAUCUACUCAUGGGCGGGGAGUGCUCUCAACUCUCUGAAUCCCCAGACCCUUCGCUCCUCUGUGCUCACCUUCACUCUGAAGCCCAGGGACCAUGGCACCACAGUCACCUGUCUGGUGACACUUGCAGGACCUGAGGUGACCACACAGGAAACCAUUCGACUCAAUGUGUCCUAUGCUCCACAGAACCUGACCAUAGGCAUGUCCUGCAAUAAUGUCACAGCAUUCGAGAUUCUGCAAAAUACCUCAUCCCUUCCCAUCCUGGAGGAGGCUCUGCAGCUGCUCUGUGUGGCUGACAGCAACCCCCCUGCACAGUUGAGCUGGUUCCAGGGGUCCUCAGCCCCGAACGCCACCCCCGUCUCCAGCACAGCGAUCUUGGAGCUGCCCCGUAUGGGGACUGGGGAAGAAGGACAGUUCACCUGCCAAGCUCAGCACCCUCUGGGCUCCAAAAAUAUCUCUCUCAGCCUCUCUGUGGUCUACCCCCCACAGCUUCUGGGGCCCUCCUGCUCCUGGGAGGACCAGGUUCUGCACUGCAGCUGCUCCUCCCAAGCCCAGCCAGCCCCCUUGCUUCGCUGGUGGCUGGGAGAGGGGCUGCUGGAGGAGAACAGCAGCGAUGCCUCCGAUGCCUCCGACACCAUCACCUCCUACUCUGAGGGGUCCUGGGCCAACAGCUCCCUGAGCCUCUGUGUGGGGCUCAACAAAGGCCUCAGGCUCAGCUGUGAGGUGAAGAACAUCCACGGGGCCCAGAGCGCCAGUGUCCUGCUGCUCCUGGCAGAGAAGUCGGUAUCUGCUUCCAGAGUAGUUCCUGCAGCUCUUGGAGGUACUGGUGCCAUGGCCCUAGUAUCCCUGUGCUUGUAUCUCAUCUUCUUUUACAUAGUGAAAUUCCACAGGAAGCAAACAGACGGGAGGCAAAAAGUCACAAAUGAUGAAGACCCUGUCAUGGGAAUAGUCACCUGGGUGUGUGAU